AUGGUGAACCAGUGUAUGAACACGUAUUGCAGGGUGUUCGGAAACCCAUUCUGGUCGGAUAUGCAUAUCCGCUCGUUGCUGCGUAGAAGUCACAGGAUGAAGGUCUCCGCCCUCGUGCCUACUACACAAAGAGCGGACAUUGGUGUGGAUUGGAGCGUACCGGAUUGGCCUACGAAACGCUUGGAGCAGCGAUCUGAUGCGAAUUCCGAGUCUGUUGCGUAUACAGGGCGUCCCAUUCGGAUACCAAACUCAGGGCCUUCCGGGUGGACGCUCGAGACGAGGUUCAUGUCCAUUCAUGUUCCCCCAUCUGGUUCGAUAUUUCGAUAUCUCAGGGAAGAGCCAUAG